CCUACAUCAAGUUUUUGAAAAGAGCUUUUGCCCAUUCUUGCAAAGGAACUCUUCGUUUUCAGAUUAUUCGCUGAUUUGGCUGAUGAUGUCAUAUGUUGUUUCAGCAUUUUGCUUGUAGGAGGAGGAGCCGAGACUCAAAAUAAACGGGGUUUUCAAGUUUACAGGAAUAGGAAGGACAACCCUGAACUUCAGCACAAGGACUUCAGAGAGAGGACGUGUCUUUCCCACGAUGGAAUGCGCAAAGUAAAUUUCGCCAUAACUCUCCUCAGUAAACAUGCAGGAAUUUACACGGGAUUUGUUUACAUCGCCUUCAUUGUCGCGCGUUUCGGGACAGCGCCUCACUGCAAACAUUGGAGACUCCGUUGAUUUGAUCACAAGCGAGAACUGCAAGAUAGACGAGGAGUUCAAACUGAUGACACAUGACAGCUCUCGGACUGUGGCGACUCUUGUUAACGGUGUCUGGACGCCAGCAGAAGGUUACAAAGGCCGGAUCAAACAUAAUGCAACGUACAGGGUCGUCUUAACCGAUGUAAACUACAACGACAACGGGCUGUAUGAGUUCACCUGCGGCAGACACGUUGUUUCCCUCACCGAGCUUGAGGUUUUACCCUUUGAAGACGUCGAUGUAACUGAGGGAGAGACAGUCACGUUACCGUGCUAUGCCUUUACUGCGCGUGAGCCGGCGGAGGGUAAGCCUCCAAAAUGGGAAAGAAACGGAGAGCUCGUGGCUGAGCCGAACUUCACCUCCAGGGAGAUCAGAUAUGGCACGGGCUUUGAGGGAAGAGUAACCGUAUCAUCUGAUUGGUCCUCGAAGGGAGACUUGUCCCUGACUUUGGAGGGGGUUAAACUGGAGGACCAGGGUGAUUUCAUCUGCCAUGGCCAUGAUAAAAAGGGGGAGAGAAAAACUGUUGCUAUGAGGUUGAGGGUCAGCAACCCGAGCAACCCGGAUCAGACCGCCUGCCCGCCUGUAUCUCCGAGACAGACAGAGAUGGGAACUUGGACCAUUGUCUGUAUAAUUGCGGUGUGUUUUGUUGCACUGUCAGCCACUGGUUUUGGUUGGUGGCUGAAAUCCCGCAGAUCAAACGGACCCGCUGCGGAAUGACCUGCGGCAGAUGUGGAGAUGGGACUUGUAACUGAGACGGACCCUGCUGGUUCUGAAGUUAAUGGGGGGCCUUCAAGGCUGAACUCAAAUGGUUAUUGAAAGAGUUAAAAAUUGUUUAGAGCGUUUAGAGUGUUCAUUGAUGCAUAUAAGGGUAAUACUAACAGAAAACUGAUUUCCAGGUUAUAUUCAUGUCUACAGCCAACAUAAAGAUAAGCGAGGACGACUGGUCGGACACAAUCUACCACUUCUAGCUCAGGGUUGUGGAGGGAAUUCACCUGGAGAAACACUUUAAGAUUCUUUAUAACCCCUAAUAUAAAAAAGACACAGAGUAACAAUCUAAACACGGUCAGUGUUGGAGAAUGUGAGGUAAUAUGUGGUCACUUCCGGAUCUUUCAGUGUUAUAUAUUCAGGAAAUCUACCAACAGGGCUGAGAAAGCCAGAGAGAUAUUUGUUACAAAUACUUUUAGCAGGUAGCAAGAAAGCAAUAACUAGGACAUGGCUAAGUAAAGACUCCCCGACAAUUGAUGAAUGGAUAGAAAUAGUGAAGCAUACUGGGGAAAAUGGAUAUCUUAUCUGAAUACAAACUGAUAUAUAUAUAUAUAUAUGCCUUUAUCUGCCCAAAAUUCUUCAAAAUAAGACGGUGUAGUCCCUCAUUCGUCCAGGAGUGUUCUAUGGUAGAAAAGGUUUCAGUCGUAGUCAUCUGGACACUGUUUUCAGAAUCAAGACGUUUUACAGAGCGCCGUGCGUUUGCAUCUAAAAGUUACAAACCACACAUUUGAAGACAGGAGGUGAAGAUUCUAAGUAGAGAAGCCAGUUGGUUUGAAAGAGGAGAAAAAAAAGCCAUUUUUGUGAAAAAGAAAAGCCCUCUUUGAACAGAAAUGGUGGUCUGAGAUUCAAUCUGCCCAAAGUCUACCACAGUGUAUCAGCACCUUGGUCACACCAAUCAUAUGUUAAUCAGGUACUUAACGGUGAUGAGGUAGGUGCAGCCAGAGAACAAUAGGCCUGAUUACUGAUUACUGGGCCAUCUUGGAAACUAUUAGGUCAGUUUCAGGUGAAACUAGCUAAUUAACAGAUACUCAGGUAGAUUCCUUCCUGAGGGCAGGGCUUAUGCAACACAGAGUAUCUUAAAUUUCCAGUUCCCUGUCCCAUUUUUUCACAAUUGAGAAUGACUUCCGGAUGGGAGCCGAAACGUCUUGAUUCUGAAAACAGCGUCCAGAUGACUACGACUGAAACCUUUUCUAUGAUAUAUGCCUUUAUUUAUUUUAAUUUAUUUAAUUAUUUUUUUCCCUUUUCUUUUUUUCCUUUUUUUGUUUUACAUGAUGUUGAGCACUUCUGUUAAUUUCUGAUGAUUUUGCCUGAAAAUGUAUGAAUUAUUUUAUUACAGAAUCCAUAAGCUUUCAUAUGAAUCCCAACUCUGCCUUUGCUUUAUUUAGCCUUGUUGCCAUAACUGAUGGGAAAUAUGAAAUAUGUAAACCUAAUUUAAAAAACGAACAAAUAAAGAAAUGUAUUUACAGUGUAAUUUCGUUGUUUCAAUCGGGUGGCAGUCAAUACGCCUUUUUAAAACAACACUCUGGGGAACAAGGGAGUGACAAUUGGGCAUUUCGGAGGAAAGGAGAAAUAUAUUAUACUUAUAGUAUUUUUGUAAAUGUUACUUGCAGGGUACAGAACUGGAAAACAAAACUGAGGUUUGGUAAAAAAAAAAAAAUGGUGUCAACAACACUGAUAUUCUGAAACUAUAAAGUAAUUAUGUAAAAUUAUAAUAUGCUACUAAAACUGUGGGGGCACGGGACUGUUUCAUCUCCCAGUACUGUGCCUCGACCUCAACACUGCAAAUGGCGGACUGUAUUAUAAAGCGUUACAGACAUUUUCUUUCACACGAAGGUCGGGCCCGGGACAAAACGUGGUUUUCAUUCUGUUUUAAGGAAUAACUCCAAAAUGUGCAAUCACUGUUUCAUCUCUCAAGAAAAACAAAAGCAAUUAAAAACACGAUGCAUUUUAAAAACACAACUUAAUAUUUGUCUUGGCUCGAAAUCAAAUCUGUUCUCAUAUUAUUUCACCAUUUACUAAUCAUACAACACAAUUCUGCUGCACCUCUUC